AUGGUAUCUACUUUCCUUUAUAUCUACUCCUUUCUAAGAGUAUGGUAUCCUACUCUUUUAUAUCUAUCUCCUUUUUCUAAGAGUAUGGUAUCUACCCCUUUAUAUCUACUCCUUUCUAAGAGUAUGGUAUCUACUCCUUUAUAUCUACUCCUUUCUAAGAGUAUGGUAUCUACUCCUUUAUAUCUACUCCUUUCUAAGAGUAUGGUAUCUACUCCUUUAUAUCUCUCCUUUUCUAAGAUAUGGUAUCUACUGCUUUUAUAUCUACUCCUUUCUAAGAGUAUGGGUAUCUACUCCUUUAUAUCUAAGAGUAUACUCCUUUCUAAGAGUAUGGUAUCUACUCUUUUAUAUCUACUUUCUAAGAGUAUGGUAUCUACUCUUUAUAUCUACUCCUUUCUAAGAUAUCUACUACUCCCUUUUUUAUAUCUACUCCUUUCUAAGAGUAUGGUAUCUACUCUUUUAUAUCUACUCCUUUCUAAGAGUAUGGUAUCUACUCUUUUAUAUCUACUCCUUUCUAAGAGUAUGGUAUCUACUCUUUUAUAUCUACUCCUUUCUAAGAAGUAUGGUAUCUACUCCUUUUAUAUCUACUCCUUUCUAAGAGUAUGGUAUCUACUCCUUUAUAUCUACUCCUUUAAGAGUAGUAUCUUUUAUAUCUACUCCUUUCUAAGAGUAUGGUAUCUACUUCCCUUUAAGAGUAUGGUAUCUUUUAUCUACUCCUUUCUAAGAGUAUGGUAUCUACUCCUUUAUAACUCUUUUAUUCACCUUAAGAGUAUGGUAUCUACUCUUUUAUAUCUCCUUUAUAAGAGUAUGAGUAUGGUAUCUACUCCUUUAUAUCUACUCCUUUCUAAGAGUAUGGUAUCUACUCCUUUAUAUCUACUCCUUUAUAAGAGUAUGGUAUCUACUCCUUUAUAUCUACUCCUUUCUAAGAGUAUGGUAUCUACUCUUUUAUAUCUACUCCUUUCUAAGAAGUAUGGUAUCUACUCCUUUAUAUCUACUCCUUUAUAA